AUGGGGCGGAAGGAGCGGGCCGACCGAGUGGAAGGCGGCAGCCCGAGUCACAACACGUCGCUGCUCCAUCAGAAGCUGCAGAUGCUGAACUGCUGCAUUCAGAAGCGGGCGCAGGGCAUGAAGACCGCCCAGGAUGCUCUGGACAGCGGCGACGCCAGAGCGGAGGCCGACGAGGAGGAGGAGGAGUUCUUCGACGCGGCGGAGGAUAGCGCCAGUGAGCCGGACUCGAGUCGACAGCGGCGGGCGCCCUGGAACCAGCCCGAGGGCCGUUUGAAACCGUGCGGCGCGCUCCGCCUGCUCGAGACCGGCGAGCGCAUGUACAUCCCGGUGACGCAGGACGUGGCGCCGGUGACGGAGGACCGGCAGCAGGAGCAGUCGGAGGUGCUGGUCAGCCUGGGCACCGACGCCGAGGGUGCGCAGCUGCGGGCGCGCAUGAUGGGCGCGUCGCUCACCUCCGACAUGGAGUCUUUCAAGGCCGCCAACCCGGGCAGCACGCUGGCCGACUUCGUGCGCUGGUACUCGCCCAGCGACUGGGUGCAGGAUGAGACGGACCCGUCGGGCCAGACAGGUACGGCGCAGCUGAGCGCGCGCAUGCGCAUCAAGGACAACCUGUGGCAGGAGGCGUGGGCCACCUGCAAGCCGGUGCCGGCGCGGCGCCAGCGGCGGCUGUUCGACGAGACGCGCGAGGCUGAGCGGCUGCUGCACCAGCUGUUGGUGGAAGAAUUGGAGCCUGAUGACCUUGCCGCGGUGGGGCAGCAGCUGGGAGAGGCGGCCCGCCGUCUGCAGUCGGCCGCCAAGGCUGACUGGGAGGCCAGCGCCUAUAGCGCGGUGGGUGAGCUGCUGGCCCGGUGUGAGCAUCACGUGCUGAGGCGCCGCUCGCUGGUGCUGAAGCUGGAGGGCGUCCAGGACAAGGACAAGUUUGUGCAGCAGCUGAUAGGUGGCGCUGAGGUGGCGGUGCCGGGCGGUGCCAACGGAGGUGCUGCCCGCCAUCUCGAGAAGAUGCUGACUGCCAGACAGGGCCUGCCGCCGCCCGUCACCAAGGAGUACAUCCUGCGCGUGACGUGCGCCCGUCCAGGGCCCGGCUCGCGUCCGCUGGCGCAGCGGCUGCGCUGCCUCAUCUCCGACCAGCUCUUCCGCGUGACGGCCUCGCUCAGCCAGGACACCAUGUUCAGCUAG